AUGGCGCAUGUAGCAGAAUACGUUGCCUACGUGGUCCUUGAAGAGCUGGAUCCGGAAGACGUUAUCAUGGCAGAUCUCGACCCCCACUGGCGCGACUACCGUCCAUACAGGGAUCUUCUCAGCAUUUCCCUCACCUGCAAGGCAUGGAUAGAGCUCGGACUCAAUGCUUUGUGGAAAGAGGUGGCCGACGUCGAUCAUCUCACAAAACUAAUUCAAUAUCCCCGACGGUGGGAUGAACUGAGACAGGCAAGUGUUGAGGACGAAUUCAUUCCACCCAAACCGGAGGAUGUAAUUCUCGAUCGCUUUGUCGCAUACUCCCGCAGGGUGAGGACAUUGAAAUGCCACCCACGAAUCCCCGUCCCAGGAUCGGUCUUUGAGAUCCUGGAUGCCUCUAAGGAGAGCUUGUUCCCUCGCCUUCAGCACCUUCAUUUCACUGUCACGGGAUUCUUUUGGGAACAUGCGACCGUCUUCAUCACUUCUCAUCUCACGCAUCUGGAGAUUAACUGCAGGGAUGCAAGAAGCCAGGUCCAUAGGAUCCUCCACGUUCUAACAGAUACCGCGCCUCCGGGCCUGGUCGGGUUGAAGGUUGCUGGGUGGACCUUUGACCCACUGGCAGCAAUUAUUCUAUCUAAGUUACCCUCAUUACGCGAGAUAUCCAUCUCUCUACGCGACUCUGCCGGAGGGUCUUCAACUGUGCUAGACGCGGUCCAACACCUCUGGCGUAUGCCCUUUCUCGAUGACCUCUCCGUAACGCUUGGCGAUGAUAUCAAUCGCAUAAAAUUACCUCAUAAGCCUCAAUUUCACAAGGAGCGAUUGACCGUCGCGAAACAGAGAUAUGUGGCACACCCUCAGGUGCUUGACACGAUACUGCCCAUCGCACCGCAUGCCCAUGAGCUGCACAUUACGGCGAACUGUGACGACGAGUCAAACGCGACAUCCGCGCAAUUGGACCGGACACUCCAGGUCGCAUUCGCGAACUCGUCGGCUGCCCUCCAGACGCUCGAGGUACGGGACUUCGUGCGCACAAUGUCGUAUCCCGCGACAAUGAUGCUGCAGAUGCCUCGACUCGCAGGGCUUCGCACCUUGGUUUUCGGCAUCUACCUUGAAUGGACGGACGAUGUCGUGAACCACAUCGCUCGCUCUUGCCCAGACGUCACAUUGAUUGACUUCGGUCAUGGUCAUGGACCCGGCCUCACAUGCGGCGCCUUGAUCUCUCUUGCGACGCACUGUAAACAACUUCGAACCCUGACGAUCAAUCUCGGCUCACAGCCGGAUCUCGUUGAUAUCCCGCCUGACGUAGAGCCCCAUGAUAGCUUGGUACAACUCUGCUGUUGGUAUCCGCCGGAAUACUUUGGCAAGUUUCUGCGGGAUCUUUUCCCAAAUCACCAGCCAUAUCCGUAUUAG